AUGGCAAGUGCAGAUCGAGUAUUGCUUUUUGUUAUACAGAUCUGCAUUGUAUCAUGCUGGGAACCUCAAUUUUUCCUGGGGCGUCCUAUGUUCGGAAUGAGAAGCGGUCACGAGUAUUUGCAACUUCUUUUGCUAGAAAAAGAGACUGGACAGUCUCUGAGGAAUAAGGUCCCUGGAGCCGCACUUGCGGAUGGGCCAGUUGAGAAGUUUUUUUAUCAAAAACUUGAUCAUUUCGAUCCCACCGAUACUGCUACCUGGCGACAGCGUUAUUUCCAAAAUUCCCAUUAUUAUAAUGGCACGAAUGUGGUCUUUCUAAUGAUAGGAGGUGAAGGUCCCGAAAAUAUUGCGUGGGUUGCGAAUGAGAACUACCCAUUCGUCAAGUGGGCAAAGCAAUACGGAGCAAUAAUGUUUGCACUUGAACAUCGUUUUUACGGAGAGAGCCGACCAACUACUGACCAAUCCGUUGAAAACUUACGUUAUCUGAGCAGCAGGCAAGCACUGGAGGAUUUAGCAUCUUUUAUCAAAGCCAUGAACAAAGAGCACAAUCUAGAAAAUCCGCGUUGGAUAACCUUUGGUGGAUCAUACCCGGGCGAUCUAUCACUUUGGGCUCGUCAAAAAUAUCCAGACCUAAUCGCUGGUGCAGUCGGCAGUUCUGCUCCAGUGGAUGCAGUGGUAGACUUUUGGGGCUACUUAGACGUAGUCGAAAACGCUCUGCGUUCUUAUAGUAAUGAUUGUGCUGAAAAGGUCAGAGAAGGAUUUGCAACUAUUGAAAACCUGAUGCUUACUCCAGAAGGACGCAAUCAUCUCUCCGAUGUUUUUGUGUUGGAACCGAAGUUCUCAGAGUUUGCGAACAUCACUUAUAACGACAAACAAUUCUUUUAUAUGACACUUUUUGGGAAGUUUCAAGAGGCAGUUCAAUACAGCGAAGACAAUAUGGGCAGAUUCAUUGAUGGUUACGGUAUUCCUCAAGUUUGCAAAAUAAUGACUGAGGGUUCGGACCCCUUGCUGCAACUUCAAAAUGUGAACAAGUAUAUGAGCUAUAGGGGCUUCACUUACACUUCUAACAGCUACCAAGAAAUGAUAGAAUAUCUGCGAAGAACAGAAUUUGGCAGUGAACUUGAUUUUGACUCGAGUUCUCGAAGCUGGUUAUGGCAAACGUGCACUGAGUUUGGCUACUACCAAUCGACUGAUGGUGGUCCAAAUGGAAUUUUUGGCACUGGCACACCAUUGACUUUAUACUUCAAUAUGUGUGCUGAUGUGUUUGGAGAUGCAUACAAUAGUACAGCCAUAGCAGCAGCCGUUCACAGAACGCAAAUGGAAUACGGUGGUUCGGAGAGAUAUAAAGGAACAAAUGUUGUCAUUCCCAAUGGAUCCGUCGAUCCUUGGCAUGCACUGGGCAAAUACACUUCUAAUGACAUAUCAGUCGUUUGGUACCUAGUAAAUGGGACGGCCCAUUGUGCGGAUAUGUAUCCACCUUCCGAUAAGGACAAACCUGGCUUGAAAAAAGUUCGCAUUUUGAUUGAAAAGAGCCUUGAUAAGUGGCUGAAAAGCAGAAUAAUAGAUAAAGAUGAAGCUCAAAUAAAAACCCGGACAAAACCGCAAGCCCAGGCCUUGCUGAGGCCGGAACAACGAAAACCAUUCGUAAAGAGACUCACUACUGUAGAGACUUUUCCGGAAUGGAAGCACAACAAAAGGGCAUUCUUGGGCAGGCCUCCUCAUGGUCUUUUACCUCCACCUGAUAAGGGUUACAGUAAACGCAACGCAGCCUACAAGAAAAUGUAUUUCCUUCAGCCAUUUGACCAUUUUGAUAAUCAAAAUCCAAACUACUUUGAACAGCAAGUGCUAGUAAAUUCCCAAUGGGCUAAGUCUGGUGGUCCCAAUUUCUUGAAAAUUGGAGGAGAAUCACCUCAAACUGAUAAAUGGGUAGCAAACGAAGACUUGCCGUAUUUGCAAUGGGCGAAAAAAUAUGGAGCCACUGUGCAUUCACUCGAGCACAGAUACUACGGCGAAAGCAUAGUUGGAGGGACAUCGCAAAAUCCAAAUCCAGACCUUAAAUAUUUGUCUUCAUUACAAAUGUUGUAUGACAUAGCAGACUACAUACAAAGCGUCAACUACCACACAAAAAAUAGUGGUCCAUGGAUUGUUUUCGGAGGCUCGUAUGCAGGCAACUUGGCUGCAUGGGCGCGACAACUUUUCCCUGAAUUAAUAACUGGAGCGGUUGGUUCAUCUGCACCCGUGGAAGCUAAAUUGGAUUUCUAUGAAUACCUAGAAGUUGUGGAAAAGGCAAUCAGAGACUAUAAUACUUCCUGCGCGGAUAAUAUAAAACAGGGUUUUGCGAAUAUGCAUAAACUUGCUCUUACUGGUACUGGCCGAAAGACUCUAUCCGAUCUGUUCAAAUUAGUACCACCCUGGGACAAAAAUACUCACGUUACCAGUUUGAAUCUGGAGUUUUUCUUCUCUAACAUCUAUGGACAGUUUCAGGGUGCUGUACAGUAUAGCGGAGAUAACACGGGGGCUUACGCUGACGGUUACGGUAUACCGGAGAUGUGCGGCUUUAUGACAGAUGGGGCCAAAACUCCUAUUCAAAACAUUGCUAGCUUCAAUGAAUUUAUGGUUAAAUUUUAUUCGGGAGAAGAAACGUUUAAUGGUACGGAAAACAGUUAUUCAAACUUCAUCACUAAUUUAAAAGAAUCUCGGCUACACGGUCCAAAAGCUGGAUCAUCUUAUUUAUGGACAUGGCAAACUUGUACUGAAUUUGGAUAUUUCCAGUCGUCUGACACAGGAUCUGGGAUGUUUGGGAGCCCGACACCAGUGAACUUAUUUACACGUAUGUGCAUUGACCUAUUCGGCAAAGAAUAUACAGCUAUGGCAAUACAGAAUAAUAUUGAUAGAAUUAAUCAUCAGUACGGCGGUAGAGACUUUUUCAACGGCACGAAUGUUGUGAUACCAAACGGCUCAAUUGAUCCUUGGCAUGCACUUGGACUAUAUGAGCCAAAUGAUCCUUCGGUUGUUUCAUACCUAAUCAAAGGCACUGCUCAUUGCGCAGACAUGUACCCACCAAGGGAGCAAGACCUGCCAGACUUGGUGAAAGCUCGUGAGAUUAUAGAAGAAAAUAUCGAUAAGUGGCUGAGAGGCACACCUGAACCCACACCUGAAGUUUCUCCUUCAUUGCUAGGUAUGACACUCCUUGCGAUGCUCUUAACGGCAAUGGCACUGGCUUUUUGGUGAACUUACGUGUGUAAUUGCGCACCACUCAAAUAACCGUCGUUUAAUAAAUCCUGUCUCAGCUUUACAUUCAAAAUAGUAUUCGC